GCGAGCGCCCCGGCGCUGGGCCCGAGCUGAGGCCGGGGCUUCGCGGCCGACUGUCCGCGGCAUGAGCGGGGCCGGCACUCCCCGCACGCCGGCGGGGCUGGGGCUGUGAGGGCCGCGGUUCCGGACUGAAGUUGCCGCGUCUGUCUGGGCGCGCCGCCGGGUUCCAUGGAGCUGGAGGGGCAGUGGUGGCGAGGACAGCUGGCUGCCGACAUUCACCAAGCUCUUCGGUACAAGGAGCUGAAGUUGCCCUCCUACAAAGGCCAGUCCCCUCAACUAAGUCUCAGGAGGUACUUCGCUGACUUGAUUGCCAUCGUGAGCAAUCGCUUCACACUCUGUCCUUCUGCCCGACAUCUUGCUGUCUAUCUACUGGACCUAUUUAUGGAUCGCUAUGACAUCUCUAUCCAGCAACUACAUUUAGUUGCACUAUCCUGUCUUCUCCUAGCAAGUAAAUUUGAAGAGAAAGAAGAUAGUGUGCCUAAGUUGGAGCAGCUCAACAGCCUGGGUUGCAUGACUAAUAUGAACCUGGUAUUAACAAAGCAAAAUUUGCUGCAUAUGGAACUAUUAUUGUUAGAAACCUUUCAGUGGAACCUCUGCCUUCCCACAGCUGCUCACUUCAUUGAGUAUUAUCUCUCUGAAGCUGUACAUGAAACAGAUCUUCAUGAUGGCUGGCCAAUGAUCUGCUUGGAAAAAACUAAACUCUACAUGGCCAAAUAUGCAGAUUACUUCCUUGAAGUGUCCCUGCAAGAUUAUGCCUUUCUAAAUUAUGCACCUUCUUUAGUAGCUGCUGCAUGUGUGGCUUCUUCGAGGAUUAUACUUCGUCUUUCUCCAACAUGGCCCACAAGACUACAUCGCCUUACUGCUUACUCCUGGGAUUUCUUAGUGCAGUGUAUUGAACGGUUAUUGAUUGCUCAUGAUAAUGAUGUGAAAGAAGCAAACAAACAGAGAGGGCAGUCAGGCCCUCAGUCAGCACAACUAAGUGUGUUCCAGACAGCCUCCCAACCCUCACGGCCAGUUCACUUCCAGCAACCCCAGUAUCUCCACCAGACUCAUCAGACCUCGCUGCAGUAUCGCCAUCCUGUAUCAGAUCAACCCAGCUGUCAGCAGAUUGUAUCUACCACACACACCUCAUCUUACACACUACAGACAUGUCCUGCUGGCUUCCAAACGAGUGUUCAGAGCCUUGGGCACAUGCAGACUGGUGUUGGGAUGUCUCUAGCAAUACCAGUAGAAGUUAAACCCUGUCUGAGUGUUUCUUACAACCGGAGUUAUCAGAUAAAUGAACAUUACCCUUGUAUUACUCCAUGCUUUGAAAGGUGAUUGUAUACAAGUGAUAACUGACCCAAACUGUUAGGACUUGCAGCUCUGGGGCAGGCUCUUCAGAAGGAAAGGGAUCCAAAUAACACCAGAACUCUGCAGGUCCCACAGUAGGAAGACUGAAUAUCCCUGCACACCCCUGGUUAUCACAGCGUCAUGAGUGUCCUGUUACAGCAAACCCCUGUGUAACAAAAAUGUUCAAGCCUUAGCUGAUGGUCCCAAUAUUUCAAAAUAUUCAACACAGCAGAAGUUUUGGACAGACUCCAGAUUGCCAUUUUGAGAUUUGACCUCUGGUAGGCUUGGGCUCUUGGUUGGCUUAUAUGUCAAGGACUAAUGUUUAUCUGUGGACUUGCCAAACUGUUUUUCAUGAAGGAAAGUUAACAGUAUUACUUUUUGAAGAAAUCUUUUUUUAAAUUCCGUUUUGAGGGUUUUUUUUAACCUAACGUGAGUUUCUAAGUUUAAAUUCACCUAUGCGAUACCAAUUUGUGCAUUAAAAGUUUGUUUUAGAUUAUUCUGUAUAACUUCUUGUCAUAGAUAAUGUAGGUAUCUGGAUUUAUUUACUAAAAUUAGAGGUGGAGUUAGGUCUCUUAUCUUGAAAUCUUGCUUAUGUUUCUUUGCAUUUUUCCCUAAAUGAUCAAACUCACAUCAUUAGAAUUAAAACACAUUUAACUCAGGGAGUUUGAACUACUUGGAAACACUUAACUAAUGCAUCAUGUUUUGGGAAUGUUAAGAGUGUGAACUACCUUUAUAACACGUUAAACUACUCCCCUAGGACGUGUUUUCCAAUGAGAACAUAUUGUAGCCCAGAAUGAUUGAAGUAUGGUUCUGUAAUUCAUAUAUAGGUUUUGAAUUUGUCAGUGCAUUUGAGAUUUAUAAUCUGAUUUGAUGUUAUUCCCAAAAGUUUCUUUCAAGGGAAGGAAUUGUCAAAAUCUGUCCAUAC